AUGCCUCCAGAGAGCCCAGAGCCACUGCAACAGGCUGUGAGCUCAUUGAAGCGCAAAAAGAAGCCCGUUCGCCGUGAUAUGGAGAAGAGACGUCAACAGAAUGUUCAAGCCCAGAAGAAGUAUCGUGAGUGCCUCUCUUCCGUACCAAUGGGCCAAUGUUGUGAAUCCAUGGGAGAAAAACAACGUCAGCGACUGGAGACUCUCAAGGCAAUUGCCGCAUCUGCUAGACAGAACUAUGUAAAUGAGAGACCGUUUUCGCAAACAAGUCCGUCCGAAGUGGCGAUGCAAAGCGACAACAGCAGCUCAAUAGAUCAUGGUAUUUCGACCUCUGUUAUCGUUCCAAAUGAAUGUCAAUCCACCAUCUUACAGACAAACGACAAACCCUCGCUUUUCGGUAUCGGAAACAUCCACUCCAUCUCCAGCCCACCCGCUUCGACACCUGGAGAAUGGCAACUCCAGACUUCACCAUCCAAUACUACGCACUCCCAUCCUCCCUCACCAACCUGGGACUCAUGCACGCAUGUCAGCUCUUCAUUUCUCAUACGUGACAAGACCAGGCAAACGUUUAGCCCAUAUUGGACUACAACAAUUGAAUGCGGCUGCUUAAUACCACACGUACAACUACGUUCGAGAGACCCCUUUUCCCACAGCGACACGCAUAUUAUCAGCUUCGGCGCUGAUGGAAUGGCCACGGAUUCAUGCACGAGCAGCAGUAUCCACAUUGAGCGAGUAUGCAUCGCUGCGGCGCUGUAUACACUCGUGAAGUAUAUGGGCAUUGGGGAGGAGACUUUCUGUGCGGAUGACUCGCUCUCGCCUUUCUACCGGCCUAGCUUAGAAUUUGCUGAUGACGCCACACGGAAUCGGACAAUUGGAAUGAUACAACAAAUGUACAAGACCUUGAAGCCGGACCUGAGACCAAGUGCGGAGCAGAUCUUGGUAAAGCAUCAUCCCUAUAUUGACAUUCUGCCCUUCCCAACAUUGCGGAGGAAUCUUAUUAUGCAUCAGAAAGAAAUCGACGAAGACGAAUUUUUGAACGAUACACUGACUGGUUUGAUAUGUUGGGGUGGCGUGGGCAAGGUAAGGAAUGAUACGGAUAAUGUGACGGGGCAUGCGGCUGCGGAAACGGCAUGGGAUGCGCGGAGUUGGGAGGCCAAGGUGUGGUUUUUGAGGAAGUAUUGGUGUCUCCUUGGUAGGGAAGAUGGUGAGCUUGUCAGGCAAAGUGAGUGGUGGCGUAGUGUUAGGGGAGAGGAACUCAAGUUAGAUCUAGUCGAGUUGAAAAGUUGA